UUUCGCGCUUGUCCCGAGACUCCAGAACGAGGCCCGGCGCUCGCGGAGCUACGGCGUAACCCAGCAGGGCGAGUACGGGGGGAGAGAAACGGCUCUGCCGCUUUUGGUCAAUAUUUACAAACAUUAAUGUGGAUUUUACUCGAACUGGGAAGUUCAAACCGCCACCCCGGAGUCCCUGACAUGUUAAAUCGUCCCCAAAGACUGGAAUUGAUCGUAAUUAGAAGUUUGACGACUGUUAUUUUGGCGCUCCGGGAUAGAGGGUGAGGGAGAGAAAGUGAGACGGAGUUCGCUUUGGACUUCUCUCUCUUUUUCUGAGUAAGGAGAAGGGAUUUAAUAAGUGGCGAAAACGGGGCAAAAACACGGCUUCCACGGCCGUUUUUCCCUCGCGAGUUGACCACGCGCCUUUCCUACGACAUUUUCCCCUCCGGGCCUGCAGAUAAUUACUCAGGCACCUAGGAGAACACACAUCCCGCAAAUUAUGGAAUCCCUUUCAUAUCUGCCCAAACCUAGCAGACUUGGCCAGUGAGGCGUUCGCAGGCCAUGCUGUUGUGAAGCAUGAAUGCACUCCAGGCACCGAGGAUAAAACCAGGAACGUUGAUGGCUGGAUCUCGAGAUCAAAUGGUCUUCUAAAGAAGCCAUGGGUAGCUGUUGUAGCUGUCCAGAUAAAGAAUCGAUCCCAGAUAACCAUCAAACCAAGUUUAAGGUGAUCAACGUGGAUGACGAUGGGAACGAGCUGGGCUCGGGCAUCAUGGAGCUGACGGAGGAAGAGCUCAUCCUGCACACGCACAAGCGCCAUGCCGUCCGCUGGCCCUACCUGUGCCUGCGUCGAUAUGGUUAUGACUCCAACCUCUUCUCCUUCGAAAGUGGGCGGCGCUGCCAGACCGGGCAGGGCAUCUUUGCCUUCAAGUGCGCCCGAGCAGAGGAGAUCUUCAACAUGCUGCAGGACGUCAUGCACAACAACAGCAUCAGCGUGGUGGAGGAGCCCGUACUAGAGGCCAACCACAGCCACGUGGAGCCGGACCUUCCUCGCACGCCACGCACCCCCACCACUCCAGGCUACACUGGCCCCGCACUGCCCAAUGGUGUUCCUCAUCCUCGCUACCCUUCUUUUGGGGAAGGCUCCUCGCACCCCUCCAGCCGGCACCCGUCAGUGGGCAGUGCCCGCCUUCCGUCAGUAGGCGAGGAGUCCACACACCCUCUACUAGUGGCCGAUGAGCCGAUUCACACCUAUGUGAACACAUCUGGUGUCCAGGAUGAGUGUAGUGCCCACAAGAGCAGCCAGGGCCCUCCAGAGCCACGGCUCUCCCUCACAGAGAGCACGGCCCCCCCGGAGGAACCAGAGCCGCGGGUGCUGCUGGAGCCCGAGGGAGUCAAAUUUGUACUGGGCCCCACCCCUGUGCAGAAGCAGCUCAUGGCCAAGCAGCAGCAGCGGGUGGCAGCUGAGGGGGAGCAGAAGGGCGGGGAGCCGGCACCACCAUUGCCGCCACCACCCCCAGGAGGCAUCAACGGCGGUGUGGUCCCCGGAAACCCUGUCGACUGUGACACGGGUUAUGACAGCGACGAACGGAAGGAGACCCCGCCAGUGGCUAAGCCAGCCUACGAGCACUUCAACGGCACUGCCUCUGGCCCCGCCCCUCGCCGCAGCCGGCCGCCCAUGCCCCUACCGGAUGUGCAGAACGCCAACAACUCAGCACAGCGGAGGACGGCACUGCUCAACUAUGAGAACCUGCCUGCGCUGCCUCCUGUGUGGGAGGCGCCCAAGCCCAGCUCAGAGGGUGAGGAGGAUGAGGAGGAAGAAGAGGAGGCCUUCGCACCAAAGACGCCAUCCCUCAACGGCUACCACCAGCACCAGCAUUCCAGCCUGGACCCAAUGCACAACUAUGUGAACACAGAGAAUGUAACAGUCCCGCUCAGCGCGCACAAGCUGGACUCGGGUCGCCAGCGGGACAGCUCCGCCCCCACCGUGUUCAACUUUGACCUCCGGCGACCCGGGCCUGAGGCAUCGCGGCAGCUCAACUACAUUGAGGUGGAGAUGGAGAGGGGAUCGGACUCAAGUAACCCCCAGACCCCCAAGACCCCCACCACGCCCCUUCCACAGACCCCCACCCGCCGGACAGAGCUGUACGCAGUCAUCGACAUCGAGCGUACGGCUGCCAUGUCCAUCCUGCAGAAAGCACUGCCCCGCGACGAUGGCACCGCCAGGAAGACGCGGCACAAUAGUACUGACCUGCCCAUGUGAGCCUGAGGAAGCGCACUGUGUAACACUGCACCUUCAUCCUCUGUCCCUACAAUCGGAGUGAACCUUCUAAAGGCACAAGGGCUUCGUUACAGUUAUCGGUUUUCUGUGUGUGUGUUUUUUUUUUUUUUUAACUUGUCUCCAAACAAACACCCCUCACAGGCAACAGCCAGGUUUAGUGAGUUGUCAGUUUCUUACUUGUACUUCUGUACUUUGUGCUUAUCUGAAAGGUAGUUAAGCCGGAGUACCUGACAUGACGUGUACGUCCUCCCUCUCACCCCAUAAACAAAUUUGCUGCCACUUACUAAAUCCGGUCAUUUCCCACUCCUUGUAUUCACAAAGAAACAUUCCUUGUCUGCUUCCCUGCGGUACGAAUCGGUGAUUGCUGAUGAGUCAUUCCAAGUGUGAAUUUCGGUACCUGAAAAUCGCAUGCACACUACAGUCACUUUGCCACUACAUUAAAUAUGCCUUUUAUUAUUUAACAAUUAAAAGCUCUGUUAGAGCACAGUCUGGUUAUACUUAAAGUACCUUAGUACCUUUUUGUCAAUUUGCAUGUAAGCUGAACACACCUGCUUUAAGUUGUUUGAAUUGACUUGUUGCUUUUCCAUAAGUACGAAGUGAUUUUUAUUCUUCCAGAAUCUAUCUGCAGGUCGAUGGAUGUUGUCAUGGUACGGUCAAGUGUCCUUAAGGCAAACGCAGAAAUGAAAAACAAAGCUGUAUACCACAAAACAGUGCUUCUAUCUCAAAGGAGUCCAGCUUUCUGCCAUUUACCUUUUCUCAUUGUAUUAUAUUGUAAAAUUUAUAUGUUCUAACUUGCAUUAUAAAAUAGUUUUUUCUACCUACCUUAAUGCUUAAUUAUAGGAAUUGUAUAAAAGUAGUUUAAUAGAUUUGUUUAUUAAGCCAAUAAAAUUGUAGUGGAAGAAAAUGAAACCCCCCCCUUUGCCAAACUUUUUCCUGGAUUUUUUUUUUUUUUUUUUGAAGUUGAACCUAAGGGUUAAUUACUGAUGUAAACAUUCCUUUAUUAUUUUUUUAUUUUGGGUAUUCUACUUAAAAUUAUAAAACACUAUGCAGCAAAAAGCUCUCAGCUGUGCCACGUGCCACAAUGUAUGGACAUUUUAUUGAAAUUUAUAUUGAUAUUUGCAUUUUUCAGGUAUGAAUUAGUUUACCAAAAUGUUUGUAUUUUUAAGACAGGAAAACAUACUGUGUAUUUUGUGAUAUCUGCAUUUUCUCAUAUGCCAUCAUUGCCAACACAUUUUUGUAGCAUGGCAACAAUAAAAACAAGAAAAACUUGUA